AUGGACGAUAUUACUUCCCAGUUAACGCAGGUAAAAUCUAAGCUUGCCGAGUCGCUUGCUCUGUUGUACAGCCACGUGGAGCAUUUGGUUCCAGCGGAGGUGGAAAACGCAUGGAAUUCAUACAUCAAAGCUCUUUCUACGACGGGAAAAGACGACAUUAUACACGACUUAUCCAACUUUAACGUUACCCCGGCUACAGCAACCAUCGCUGUAACAACAGUCACUGCCAUGGUCUUUUUUAGCAAGUGGUUUAAAUCUGCUUCGGGCGAGCAGCCCAAGACACCCAAGAUCAAGAAGAAGAAAAAGCCAUCCAAGGCCCAGGAGGCCAACAAACAGAUACAGCAGAUUUUGGACUUCGUCGAGGACACUUAUGUGCCCCAGAUCGACGAGUACUUGGAGAAGUACGCCACAUUGUCAGAUAAUGACAAGGAGUACAAGUUCAAAUAUUUUGAGGAGAUGUUGUUGAAGGAGUUGUUGAAAUUGGAUGGUGUUGACGUUGCCGGCAGCGAGGUAUUGCGUGAGAACAGAAAGAAGGUGAUCAAAUUCGUUCAGGAGCACCAGAAACGCUUGGACAAAUUCAAGAAGGAGCAGGACAGUGCAGUGAAGACUGGGACCAAUUGA